GUUCAAGGGCUGCAGCUGGAAGACCAACCAGCCCUGCCUCAGCCCCAUGACCGGCACCGACUGCCUGCUGUUCACGUGCGCACAGAGCGACGUGCGCUGCCCCGCCAGCUACAUGUCCAAGUGCCCCGGCUACACGCCCACCAGCUGUGGCAAGGCGCCCGGAGGCAACGGCCCCUUUUGGAUGCACCACUGCCUGCCCGGCACCUACCCCGCCCCGGGCAAGGCGCUCAAGCUGUCCUGCAAGCUGACGCGGGGGCCGGACGGGGCGUUCCAGUGCUACAUCACACAGGAGGGCUCGUACGUGGCGUCGCUGGGCAUGCGCUGUCUGACCGGCACGUGCAUCUACCGCAUGCCCUCCCCGCCGCCACCCUCGCCGCCGCCGCCGCCCCCCGACGUGCCCCCCUCACCGCCGUACAGCCCAGGUCCGCACGACGACCCGCCGCCGCCGCCGUUCGUGCCGCCUUCGCCACCGCCGCCCCCGCUGCCGCCGCCGCCCUCACCGCCGCCGCCGCCCCCGCCGCCGCCCUCCUACAUCCGCACCCACACAGAGGUCGCGUUGCUUAUCGCCAUUGGCAUCACGGUGGCGGGUCUCAUGACCGCCGCCGCCGUGCUGUCGUACCGGGAUAACGCCAUCGCAACCGCCUGGCAGUCAGCCGCCGCCAACGACCAACCGUCGAGUGGCGGCGGCUGGGGCGGCGGAGGUGGUGGCGGCGGCGGGGGAGGCGGCGGUGGCGGCCGGGGCUUUGGCGGCCGGGGUUUUGGCGGCGGCACGCCACGCGCCGGCGAGGCGUUCGUCCCCCUGCUGAACUCAGCCCACGCGCCCUCCCCCCUGGACUCGGGUGUGGUGUACGACGACCCCUAUGACGGAGAGGACGAGGGCGGCGGCGCGGGGGCAGGCGGCGUGGCGGGCGGGGCGCCGGUGGUGCUGACGUGGACCAACAUCCACUACCGCGUCCAGCGCGCCAGCGGCGGCAAGCUGCACAUCCUGCGCGGCAUCAGCGGCGUGGCCGGCAGCCCGUCGGCACUGCAGGGACCCGCCGCCGCCGCCGCCGUGCAGGGGCUGGGCGCCGCGGCGGCCGCGGCGGGCGCGGGGCGGCGCAGUGGCGGCGGCGGCAUGCAGGCAGUCAUGGGCCCCAGCGGCGCAGGCAAGACCACGCUGCUGGACGUGCUGUCGGGUCGGCGCACGGGGCCGGGCCGCAGCGGCCAGAUCCGCAUCAACGGCAACCUGGUCAGCGCGCACCAGAUCCGCGCCCUGAGCGGCUACGUGCUCCAAGACGACGUGCUUCCCGGCACCUCCUCCGUGUUCGAGUACCUGGCCUUCAACGCCCUGCUGAGGCUGCCGCCGCACAGGCACUCGCAGCGCAAGCGCGACGCCCGUGUGUGGGGCCUGGUGCGGCGGCUGGGGCUGACCAAGGUGGUGCACAACCUGAUCGGCGACGCACACGUGCGCGGCCUGAGCGGCGGCGAGAAGCGGCGCGUGUCAAUUGCGGUGGAGCUGCUGACGCGGCCGGGGCUGCUGCUGCUGGACGAGCCCACCACGGGCCUGGACUCCACCAACGCCGCGCGCGUGGUGGAGGUGUUGGGCGGCCUGGCGGCGGGCGGCGUCAACGUGCUGCUGUCCAUCCACCAGCCGCGGCCCGACGUGCUCCGAGCCAUGGACCGACUGCUGCUGCUCAGCGGUGACGGCCGGGUGGUGUAUGCGGGCGAGGUGGCCGCCGCCGCCGCGCACUUCGCCGCGCUGCCCGCCCUGCCCGGCCUGCCGCCCGAUGUGCCGCUGUCGCCGCCCGACGCGGCCAGCGGCAUCAACAUCGCCGACUGGCUGCUGGACGUGGUGAUCAAGUCGCCGCGUGAGGCCGUGGCGGCCAUGGCGGACGCGUUCGGCGCCUCCCCCGCCGCCGCCGCGGACGCCGCCACCGCCGCCGCGCUGGCGGACAGCCCCCGCCCGCUGCCGCCCGCCAAGUACUCGCCGCCCUACCUGCUGCAGCUGCGCGCUCUGUCGGUCCGGCUGCUGCGCAACACCUACCGCCACCCCUUCUCCGUGGCGCUCAACUUCGCGGCCACACUGGCAGUGGCGGUGUGCCUGGGGCUCAUCUUCAGGAACUCGGGCACGGAGACUUCCGGCAUCCAGAACCGGCUGGGUGUGCUAUUCUUCAUGCUGCUCUACCUCUCGCUCAUGUCCCUCUCCUCGCUGCCCAUCUGGCGCGACGAGAAGCUGCUGUUCAUGCGCGAGCGCGCCAGCGGCGUAUACGGCACACCCGCCUACUAUGCCGCCGUGGUUCUGUUCGACCUGCUUCCGCUGCGUGUGCUGCCACCCUCCUUCUUCGCGCUGGCCACCUACUGGAUGGCUCUGGCCAUCAACGAGUUCCACCACUUCCCGCUGGACUUCACCUUCACAGCGCCCAUCAACACCAGCGCCCUGCCGCCGCUGCGCAUCAGCGGCGACGGCGUGCUCAAGGAGUUCGGGUUCAAUGUGGACCUGUUCUACCUGGACGUGUCCAUGCUGGCGCUGCUGGGCGCCGCCUGCUGCGGCCUCACCUACGUCUUCCUGUACUUCUCAGGCCACACGCUGCUGGACGAGUUUGAGGACCUCACGGGGCGCACCGUGGCGUGGCUGCUGCUGCGGGCGCAGGCGGCCGGCGAGGCAAUCGCGGCCGUGGCCCGCCGUGUCGGCGCCGCCACCCGCCGUUCCGCCGCCGUCGCCGCCGACCGCUUCCGCAACCACCGCCGCCGCGGCAGCGGCGGCGCCGCCGCCGGCUCCUCAACCGCCGCCGCCACUGCCCACUCGGCGGCGGCGGACCAGGCGCACGCGGCGCUGGAUCCACUGCUACUGCCUGAGCCCGGAUCUGGAUCCAAUUCGGAUGACGAGGACCGCGAAGUCGAUGAGGCGCGAUCCGUGAUGAGCCCUGCGGCGUCACUGGCGGCGCCGCUGCCUUCGCCCGGCGGCCUUGACCUCGGUGGCGGCGCCGGCACUGCGGCGGCGGGGCUGCCGCUGCCGCCACCAGGCACGAUGGGCGCGGAGGCGGCGGCUGCAGCUCGCGGCGGCGCCGCCGCCGCUGGCGGCGGCGGUUUUGUGGCGGUUACGCUGCCUGGUGUGGGCUCGGGUCUGUCCACGGGCACCGGACCCAUGGUUCUGUCGUGGGAGAAUCUCAGUGUGCGUGUACGGCUAGGCGGCGGCCGCGUUCGGUACGUCCUGCAGUCCGUCAGCGGCAUCAGCGGCCCCACGCCGCCGCCGCUGCCGCCGCCGGCACGCGCCUCCCUCGGCGGCUCUUCAUCUCCCCCGGGUGGUCGUAAAGCCGGCAGCGGUACAAGUGGCGGCGGCGGCGGCGCCGCCCCAGCGGUCGUACACGUGGUGGGUUGGCCGGCCUUGGCUCCCGCAUCCGCCGCCGCCACCAUCGGCCCCGCCACCGACGGCAUCGGCGCCGCCGUCGACGUCAGCGGCAGUAGCCACACCAGCAAGACGAACGGCAGUAGCAGCAGCCGUCACGGCUCGGCGGCGGCGCUGACGGCAGACCCCGCCGGAGCCCACGACGGCGGCAGCGGCGGCGGUGCUACAGCCGGCGCUUCGGUGGCGGCGGCGGCGCUACAGCCUCUAUCCAUGGCGCCGCCGCCGCCGCCGCCGUCAGGCACCGGCUCGGGCGCUAGCGGCAUCUUCUCACGCCUGGGUCUGACGCCGUCAGCAGCUCUGUCACGCCUGCGGCCCCACCGGCCCAGCGGCGAUGGGUCGGCCCAUGCGCACACACACACACACCCGCACCCGCAUCACGGCAUGUGGAGCACGGACUCCGACACGGCGGCGGCGGCGGCACUGCAGGCGGCGGAUGCGGUGGGCGGGCGCUGCUGCCUGUUCGCCAUCGUGGGACCCAGCGGCGCGGGCAAGACCACUCUGAUGGACGUGCUGUCGGGCCGGCGGCAUGACGCGGCGGGCGGCGUGAGCGGCGAGAUCCGGAUCAAUGGGCACUGCGUGGGCGCGGCACAACUGCGAAAGGUGUGCGGCUAUGUAGCUCAAGAGAUCGUGCUGCCGGGCACAUCCACCGUCACCGAGUACCUCAGCUUCCACGCCGCACUGAGGCUGCCGGCAGCGCUGGUGCGCGCCAGCGCCGGCAGCAGCAGCAGCAGCAAGCACAUGUUUGGCUUCGGCGCUGGCGGCGGGGGCGGCGGCGGCAGCGCGGAUGCGGGGGUGGCGGCGGCGGCGCUGACGCCUGUUCAGGCGCGGGUGGCGGCAGUGGUCGCGGAGCUGGGUUUGACGCGGGUGGCGAAGAGCCUCAUUGGAGAUGACUUUGUGCGCGGCCUUUCAGGCGGCGAGAAGCGGCGCGUGUCGAUUGCGGUGGAGCUGCUGACGCGGCCGGGGCUGCUGCUGCUGGACGAGCCCACCACGGGCCUGGACUCCACCAACGCCGCGCGCGUGGUGGAGGUGUUGGGCGGUCUGGCGGCGGGCGGCGUCAACGUGCUGCUGUCCAUCCACCAGCCGCGGCCCGACGUGCUCCGGGCCAUGGACCGACUGCUGCUGCUCAGCGGAGACGGCCAGGUUGUGUACACGGGCCCCACGGAGCGCAUGCACGCCCACUUCAGCUCACUGGGCUACAGCCUGCCCCAGGACAGCGCGGCAGUAGCAGACGCGGUGUUAGACCUGGUCAUCCGCGCUCCGCCCUCCGAGUCGGCGGCGCUGGUGGAGGGCUGGCGGUCCAGUGCGGUGGCGGCGGAGGACGCGGGCUGGGCGGGGCGGCUGCAGCUGGGGGAUGCCCUGCUGCACGACCAGCGGGUCAAGGCGCUGUCCGGCCUGCGCAAGUACGAGAGCUCCUUCCGUCACCAGGUGGCGGUGCUGUCGGGCCGCCGCGCUACCGGGCUGUGGCGCCACCCGCUGCUGCUGGGGCUGCACUUCGCAGCCACCGGGCUCAUGGCGCUGGGGGUGGGCGCCAUCUACUGGCACACAGGCCGCGACACCGGCGGCAUUCAGGACCGCUUCGGCGCGCUGUUCUUCAUGCUGCUGUUCCUGGCGCUGCUGUCCCUGUCCUCGCUGCCCGUGUGGCGCGACGAGGCACUGCUGUUCAUGCGCGAGCGCGCCAGCGGCGUGUACGGCACGGCCGCAUACUUCACCUCCGUCGUACUGUGGGACGUACUGCCGCUGCGUGUACUGCCGCCGGGGCUGUUCACGGCUGUGUCGUACGGCAUGAUCGGGUUGAGGGCGAGCGGCGGCGCGGUGGCGGGGCACUGGCUGGUGUUGGUGGUGGCCAACAUCACGGCCGCGGCGGCCAACAUGAGCAUCGGCGCGGCGGUGGGCAGCGUGGCGCUGGCAAACAUGGUGGGCUCGCUGUGUGUGCUGACCUCCACGCUGUUCGGCGGCUUCCUGCUGUCACGUGCGCGCAUGCCGCGGCUGGUGGCGUGGCUGGCAGACCUGAGCUACGUGCGCUACGCCUUCGAGGCGCUGCUCAUCGGCGAGUUUGGCGGCGCCGCCGGCUUCCGCUUCACCGGCUACCACCAGCCCGGCACGCCGCCCGACCAGGUGCCGUACGUGGACGUGACCGGGGACGAGGUGCUUCAGACGUUUGGCUUCCGCACUGACGCCUGGCUGGGCGACGUGUGUGGGCUGCUGGCGCUCAUGGCGGCCUUCCUCACCUCUACCUUCCUGCUGCUGAGGUACCGCGGCAGGCCCUAGCGAGGGGGAGCGCGAGGAGGAAGCGGCGGAGGAGGAGAGCGAGGAGGAGCAGGCAGAGGUGGAGGAGAAGGAAGGGGGAGGAGAAUGAAGGGGGAGGAGGAGGAAGGCUGCUGUGUAUGUGUGUAGGGGGGGGUAAGUCGCGGGAGGGCCGCUCGAGUCGGCCUGCAGGGUUGGGGGGAUACAACGGGAGCGAACAGGAAGGCUUUUUGUAUGACGGUGUGUGUAGUUGGACGAAGACAUAGGUUCAGCAAGUAAUAGGCGUGCAGUCGGAGUUGUUGGGGCGAGUUGUGCCAUGUUGAUGGGAUGGAGGACACGGGGGCUCGGAGGCAGGCAGGCAGCAGCUGCCGUCGUCUGGGGGGCGUGGGGACGGCUGGAGGCCGGGGGGCCGGCCUCACAGCAGGGUAGUCAUGGAUACG